CACUCCAGGUAUCUACACACUCUGUCACUACACUCCAUGUAUCUACACACUCUGUCACUACACUCCAUGUAUCUACACACUCUGUCGCUAAACUCCAUGUAUCUACACACUCUGUCACUACACUCCAUGUAUCUACACACUCUGUCACUACACUCCAUGUAUCUACACACUCUGUCGCUACACUCCAUGUAUCUACACACUCUGUCACUACACUCCAUAAUUACAGCUGUACAAACUAGUAAUUACACCUUUACAAACUAG